AUGACGAAACCCCAAAUGAACUGGAACUUUUCCGAUCGUCUUCUUUUUCUUCUUUCACUAAUUACAUGCUUCUCUUCAAAGUGUUGCUUCGGCAGUGAUACAAUUACAUCAACAGAAUACAUCAAAUACCCUGCAACCAUAAUUUCCAAUGCUACUUCCUUCGAAUUGGGGUGGUUCUCACCUCUUAAUUCCACAACCCAAUACAUCGGAAUCUGGUACCACCAAGUUUCCCUAAAAACUCUGGUAUGGGUCGCUAACAAAGACACCCCUCUCAACAAUACUUCCGGAAUUUUCACCAUCUCCAAUGAUGGAAAUGUUGUGAUUUUAGACGAAAACAACACUACCAUCUGGUCUUCAAAUGUUACUUCUCCUACAGCCAACACAACCGCCCGAAUUCUAGAUUCAGGCAACCUUGUCUUGGAAGAUCCUGCUUCCGGGUUUGUUAUUUGGGAGAGCUUUAAACACCCUUCCAAUUUAUUCUUGCCUUCCAUGAAACUUAUCACAAACAAAAAAACUCAAGAGAAGCUCCAAUUUACUUCAUGGAAAACCCCUUCCGAUCCAUCUAAAGGUAACUUUUCUUUAUCGUUGGAUGUUCUAAAUAUUCCUGAAGCUGUGAUUCGGAAUUAUGGAGGUAACCCAUAUUGGAGAUCUGGUCCAUGGAAUGGUCAUACUUUUAUUGGAAUACCCGAAAUGAUCUCUGUUUAUCUCGUUGGGUUUAAUCUUGCGAUUGAAGAUCAAGCUUAUUAUUUCUCCAUCUCUUACAGUAAUGAAGAUCAGUUACUUUAUAACAUGGUAUUAAGCCCAGAAGGGAAUUUGGAGCAACAGUACUGGGAUCCUUCGAAGGAAAAUUGGGAAGUGAGUUGGUCGGCUUUUAGAACAGAAUGCGAUUAUUACGGUGUUUGUGGUGUGUUUGGGGUCUGUAAUGCGAAUGUAUCCCCUGUUUGCAGCUGUUUAACAGGGUUUAAACCAAAGGAUGAAGAUGAAUGGAAUCGAGGAAAUUGGAGUAAUGGGUGUGUGAGAAAUACGCCAUUGCAGUGUGAGAACAGCUCUAGAAACAACACUAGAGUUGAGGAAGAUGGAUUUUUGAAAGUGGAAUUGGUUAAAGUUCCAUUUUUGGCAGAGUGGUCAAAUUCGUCUACUUCAGCGGAUGAUUGUAAACAAGAGUGUUUUCAGAAUUGCUCGUGUAGUGCAUAUGCAUAUGAAAAUGGCAUUGGUUGUAUGAUAUGGAGAAGGGAUUUAUUUGAUGUACAAAAAUUUGAAAGCCUCGGAGCCAAUCUUCAUCUUCGACUGGCUUAUGCUGACUUGCAAACAAUUAAUGAUGUAAGAAGAAAGAGUACUGGAAUUAUUAUAGCCAUAGUGAUACCAGCAACGCUUAUGAUCUUCAUCAUUGCUAUAUACUUCUGGUGGAGAUGGAAGGCUGGCAAAAAUGAGUAUAGCAAAAAAGGGAAAAGAUUGAAGUUGAGAAGGGAUGAUAUGAUUGGGGACAAAAGCAAAUUUGAAGAACUACCUCUUUAUGAUUAUGAGAACUUAGCAAUCGCAACACAUAAUUUUGAUUUAAGUAACAAACUUGGACAAGGUGGCUUUGGUCCCGUAUAUAAGGGAAGAUUGUUAGAUGGACAGGAAAUAGCAAUAAAGAGGCUUUCAAGAGCUUCUAAUCAAGGAUACGAGGAGUUUAUAAAUGAAGUGAUCGUAAUUUCAAAACUACAACAUAGAAAUCUUGUACAGCUUCUCGGUUGUUGCAUUGAAGGAGAAGAGAAGAUGCUAAUAUACGAGUAUUUGCCCAACCUAAGUUUGGAUGCAUUCAUCUUUGACUCUAUUAAACAAAAAACCUUGGAUUGGAGAAAAAGAUUUAACAUCAUUGAUGGAAUUGCUCGAGGUCUUCUUUACCUUCAUCGAGAUUCAAGAUUGAGAAUUAUUCAUAGAGAUUUGAAGGCAAGUAACAUUUUAUUAGACAAAGAUAUGAAUCCUAAAAUUUCGGACUUUGGUAUGGCAAGAAUUUUUUACAGUAAUGAAGUGCAAGCCAAUACUAAUAGGCUCGUUGGAACUUAUGGGUAUAUGUCGCCCGAAUACGCAAUGCAAGGUCAAAUUUCAGAGAAAUCAGAUGUCUUUAGUUUUGGAGUUUUAUUACUUGAAAUUAUAAGUGGGAGAAGGAAUACAGGGUUCAACCACCAUGAACAUGCUUUGAGCUUAUUGGAAUUUGCAUGGAAGUUGUGGAUAGAAGACAAUCUUAUUGCAUUGAUUGAUCCCACAAUAUAUGAAUCGAGUUAUUAUUCGGAGAUUUUGAGGUGUAUCCAAGUGGGACUCUUAUGUGUUGAAGAAUCUAUAAAUGAUAGACCAAAUGCUCUUACCAUUGUUUCGAUGCUCAACAGUGAAAUUGUAGAUCUUCCUCUUCCAAACCAAUGUAGCUUUAUCGGUAGACCAACUCAGAGUAAUGGUGAGGAUCCACACAGACAUCUGAAGAAAUUCUAUGUGGUGUGCAAUGGGAUGAGACCUAAUGGGGUGACCCAGGAGCAGAUCAAUAUGAGGGCAUUCCCCUUCUCAUUGAAGGGAGAUGCCAAGGAGUGA